AGAAAGAGGGAAAGAGUAGAACUGAGCAUUGUAAACAAAACAGAUUAAUUAAGUCUCGAUGACUUUGUGUUGAACAGCCUGUAAAGCGUCAGUGGAUUGCGGCUCAUUCAUGUUUUAACUGAUUUCAGAAGCGCGAGAAUGAUGAUUAUUUUUAGUCACUGAUACUCUGCGGCGGUCAGUCAAGUUGUACGGAGUCACAUUAGCGAUGGGUUGCUACGGCUACACCGCGUAAACCACAACCUGAAAAUCCGAUGCACUAAUUUCACACAUUUAACAGUCAAGAUGAACGCUUUGGUGGCUCUCUGUCAUUUCUGUGAGCUCCACGGGCCUCGGACCCUGUUCUGUACCGAGGCGGUCCACCCGCCCUCCCCCUCGCCCCCGCAGCACGGCUCUGCCAUCCCCGCCGACCGGGACUCCGACAGGGAGGGGGAGGGGCUAACCAUGCGAGCCAACGGCUCGGCCAAUCAGAGGACAGGCAUGUGUGAGGGCUGUCGCUCUCUCCCUGCGUCUCACCCUGGCUUCGUGAGCGUGGACAGCGAGACAGGAAUCCGCUACCUGAGCCAUCAGCACCCUCGACAGCCUCAGCUCUUCAGUGUGGUACGACAGGCCUGCGUCCGCAGCCUCAGCUGUGAGGUGUGUCCCGGGAGAGAGGGUCCGAUCUUUUUCGGCGACGAGCAGCACGGGUUUGUGUUCUCUCACACGUUCUUCAUCAAGGACAGCCUGGCCCGCGGGUUCCAGCGCUGGUACAGCAUCGUCAUGGUAGCCAUGGACAGAAUCUACCUCAUCAACUCCUGGCCUUUCCUCCUCCGACACCUCCGUCUCACCAUACAGAGCCUCCAGAGCACAGCGCUGAAGGUGUUUGACACGGAGCAGGGAGUGUGUCCGCAGCGAGCGGUCAGGAUGAACAGCGCCUUCUCUCCCGCCGUGUUUCCACACCAACGCAGCGGGAACGCCGCCCGAUCCCUCACCUCCCUCACACAGCACCCCAACCUCUGGGCCAGUUUACACUCCUCCUUCAGCUGGUUGCUGAAGGCUUGUGGGAGUCGACUGACGGAGAAGCUUCUAGAGGGAGCUCCUACGGAGGACACGCUCGUGUUGAUAGAGAGGCAGACAGAGCAAGAGGAGGAAAUGAUUGGCUGGGAAGGUGCUGAAGGAGGCGGGCCUAAGCCUCAGCAGAGCCAAUCAGAGGGCUUGCAGGGCAGAGACUUUGCGUAUGAGGAUGGCAAAGGGAAGGAGCUUCACGGGCCAAGGUUCAGGUCCCUGCGACAUCUGAGACAGGUCCUGGGGCCCACAGAGUUUCGCCAGCUGGCAUGGCACGUACUGAUGGGAAACCAGGUUAUAUUCAGAGGGGCGGAGCCUGGUCUCAUCCAAUCAGCGUUCGACAUACUCAAGACCUUGCUCCCGGUCGGCUGCGUGCGGGCGGUGCCGUACAGCGGUCAGUACGAGGAAGCGUAUCGAUGUAACUUCCUGGGCCUGAGCCCCGACGUGCCGAUCCCCGCCCACGUCAGCUCCUCAGAGUUCACUGUGCUGGUGGAUGUACUGGCUGUAGGGAAGGCCAGUUUGUAUCCCAGUGUGUGUGAUGAUGCUGUUCUCUCUCAUUACCAGUUCAUUAUCAGCAGUGCCAACACACAGCCGACAGACAGAGGUCCAUCUCUGUUGAAUAAACUGGAGGUGGCUUUGAGUAAUGAGAACCUGUCAGUCGACGUUGUCUCUCAUUGUCUGCUCUGUCUGAAGGAAGAGUGGAUGAAUAAAGUGAAGGUGCUGUUUAAGUUCUCGAAGGUGGACGGCCGCGGUAAGGAGGACACUCAGCGGGCCCUGGUGGUUCUGGGAGCCACGGGCUCGGGGGAGGAGGACAAUGUUCGGCUGCUCAAGUUCUGGAUGACGGGUCUCAGCAAGACCUACAAAAGUCAUUUAAUGACCGCAGUCAGAGGAGGAGAACGAACCCUCAGCCAGUGACACACACACACACACAGAGAGAGAGAGAGAGUGUGUGUGUGUGUCUGUGUGUCUGUGAGUGUGUGUGGGGGUAAAUCCGGUUCAGUGAAGGAAAACACAAGACCCUGUUAAAACAGAGUGAAGUAACCAAACAUGCUGAGACGUGUGUGUGUGUGUGUGUGUGUGUGUGUGUGGGAGGGAAGAAAAAGGCAAAAGAGAGAAACAGAGAGGGGGAUUUUUGUUACAGAAUGAUUAUUCUUUUCUUUUAAUCGUCCGAAAAGAACAAACGACAGCAGUG